CCGGAAUUUCAAGAGUGGACCUGCUAUAAUGAUUGUGCCAAACAAUCUAACGUCCUUGCCUUGUCGAAGAGAUGUUCAUACUGAUAGACGACUAGUGUUGUCUUGGCAAAUUUUAGUACAGAAUUUUGAUGACUUUCUCUCUCUCUAAGAAAAAGAUGAAGUAUUUCAGUCUCCUGCUCUCCAUUUUGCUGCACUUGGCCUCCCACAACAGUUCCCUGGUUUCGUGUGCCUUCUUGCCGUCAAGAAGAAAUCAGUACUAUGCACGACUCUAUCCACGCUUUAGUGUCGCGGAUAGGCAAGCAACGUCUCCGACAGCCGAUGCGGAAGCCGAUGAUCGUAUGGAGGAAGUUGGAGUGGUUGGGGACGAGGAAGUAGUAGGCGUAGAAGAGCAACAUCUUCAAGGUAUGGAAGUUGAAGUUGGAGACGAGGAAGUAGUAGGCGUAGAAGAGCAACAUCUUCAAGGUAUGGAAGUUGAAGUUGGGGACGAGGAAGUAGAAGAGCAACAUAGGUUUGAGACGAUUAGGCUAGCCGUCUCAAAUGUAAUUGUCUCAAACCUACAACAUCAAGAAGAAGAUCAAUAUCAAGAUCAAGUAGAAGAAGAAGGACCUGUGCUGGACGAACACAGACGAGGAAAUCCCGCACCACGACUAGCUCAGCGUGAUAAGUGUGCAAUCUGUCUUCGCACGCUGAGGCAAUUGUUGCCUGCAGAUGAAGACUUCGUGACCACAGAAGACCAGGAUGAAGAACAGGAUGAAGCAGAUCCAGCACAAAGCAACUGCUUAAUAUCGACAAGAAUGAGUGGAUUGCGAUUGCACCCAGAAGAAUUGUCGAAUCUCAAUGGUGGCACGACCACGACGACUGGUUCAGAUCCACAUAGAACGGUAGGCGAGUCUUCAUCGUCCAAGAAUAGGGCAAGAGCUAGUUGUACGCCUACUGGAGAACAAAGGGAUGGAGAAGGAGGAGUGUCUCUUCUCGAGUCGUCGUCGGGUUCGCUUGGGGCAUCCUCCACAGUGUCAUCUAACCCUGCCGGUUCGAAACUCUUCUGCCUCAAGUCGACGGAUGGGGUAACUGCAACGACGACGGGUUGUGGGCAUGUUUUUUUACGUAGCUGAUGAAAUCAGCGAUUACUGACUACAGUUUGGAACUACUACUUCUAACACAUAGUACAAUACGUAGAUGAAAGUGGGACAAGCAGUUGACUUCUAACACACCUAUGGCUAUGUCAUACAAUACGUAGAUGAAAGUGCGACAAGCAGUUGACUUCUAACACAGUUAUGUCAUACAAUGCGUAGAUGAAAGUGCGACAAGCAGCAGUUGCGAUUGUAGAAUACUGAGUGGAGAUGAGAUUGGCCAUGACCACUACUAGAUCUUGAUGUUUUUACAUCAUUAAAUGAACAGCUGUUGUCAUUUUUCUGCUAAGUCCUCACGUCACCUGUCUGUGGCGUUGGAUGGCCACCCGAAUGGUUGCGACAGACGGACGCUUACCGGACUGUCCGGUGUGUCGCGCUACGAUUCCCGCCCGUAUGUGUCAAGAAAUCAUGGAGGAAGCUCUUGCGGGAAGCGAGCCGUCGUCAGCUAAGGCUCGAGUAAGUACAUUGCUCCUGCGUACUUACACUGAAGAAACGGCUACACCCAGGACAUCUCUUUUUGUAGAAUCUUGCGUUUUUGCAAAUUGCAUCUUUUGCGUGGCAUCUAGACUCUCAUUACUUGAAAGCCUCUAACUCUCCGAAUGAAUGGCGUGCGCGGGGAUGGAUCCGUGCCUAUGAUCGUCGACUACGUGGAGUACCACCUUUAAAUCCUUCAAAUUUAUUGAAAGUUGCUAGUUCGGAUGUCCUCAGUUCCUAUGAAACUCACAGAAUGCUGAGAGUAAAUGUCCUUGUUACAACCCUACUUCUCCCUCGUCCUUCUCGGCAGGUACAACAACAACAGCGCCACACCAGCCGGUUACAUGCACAUGUGAUAAAUGAAGACAACCUCGGUUUCGGGGAAUGCUGCGCUUGUUGGUUAGCUGUAACGGGCAUAAGUGAUUGCUGUUCGGCUGUAGUGAGCCACUUUUACGGCUUUCGCUAUGCAAGAACAAGUGAGAUCUAACACAACUGAUCUUGUAAUUGUACUUGCUCUAGUACUACAUCUACUUCCAUCAUGAGUCGAAAACCUUAUUUAGUAUCUCUACCAAGAUCAAGAAUAAAUUACGAUUAGAUUCAUGAUCUCCUGUUGUUGAUGUUCUAAUCCUGUCUAGUCCAUUCAUCUGAUCCUGUCUAGUCCAUUCAUCUAGUCCUGUCUACUUAGUCCAUUCAUCUAAUCCUGUCUAGUCCAUUCUAAUCACUUCGGAUCGAGCGACCUUGUUCUUCCUUUAUAGCGGGUUGUCGCAGCGCAUGGACCGGCUCAUCGGUUGUGCCAGCAACGCUUCAUGAAGGCGCUUCGGAAGUUACCUUCGUUCAUCGCAAUGAGCGGCUAGAGCUUGAGCGGGGCCGAGCGGAACUGCGACUUCCGGAUGCGGAUCCUGGAAGAACUCGCACUGAGCGGUGUUGUGCUUGUAUAUCACGGUUUUGCAGUGACGCAAGAAGCGCGCUACGCUCCUGCUGCGAGUUCCUUGAGGUGUUCGUCCGAGCGUUGACGUAUUGCGCGGUGAUGGUAUUUGCAAAUCCAGUGUGUAUGUGCAUUUUAUUCUUUGCGGCAAUGGGAGGCUUGAAGCAAGACCAGCAUGCAGAGCAGGUAGCGUUGAUUCGAGACCGCACGAUAUGCCUGCGCACCUUCUUUCCCCACUACUGGCCCAAGUCCGAGGCGGUUACCGUCGAAUACGAUAUCCUGUCGGAAAUAGACUUAAGAAAAACAGUCAUGAUUUUUACAUGUUCAGCAUAUACCUUUCUCAAACAUUUGCAUUCAUCCCUAAACCCUAUGUAUCCUUCUUAUAUAUUCAAGGCAGUUCGCAAGAGCCCCUAUACCUCAUCGACCCGUAGGCUCCCCUAAAGACUUCAUCAUGUAGAGUAGUCCAUCUUCUGUGUUCGUUCCCUCUUCUUCCAAAACACCUCUUAGGAAAAGCAGAAUGCUGAGAGCUUCUCAACUUCAUCAACAAGAUCGUUAAAUCAAUGCCUCAUACUCUUUGGCUUUAAAGUUAUUUUCCUCUCAGCAUCUUCUUCUUCAUCUUCGCUUUGACGUCUAUUGUUCUGCCUGGAAGGAAUGGCGUAAAGAAUUGCUGAAGACAAGAUGAACCUUUCUCAAACAAGAAGUGCAUUCAGUCCUAAACCCUAUCCUGCUAAUUCAAGGCAGUUCGCAAGAGCCGUGGGAUCGGAUGGAGGGAUUCAUGAAGGGCAAGAUCUCUUUCCUGGUGUAUGAUCCCAGCGAUGAAGAUAGUGUACCUACGAGAACGAAAUGGAAAUGGAAUGCUAGUGUUAUGGGUACCGUCUACCCAACCUGAUCGCAUCUUUUACAACAUCUUUUAGCCGGUUCCUUCUUGGAAUGAUGUACUGAAAGAUGUUCUACCAGGUGGGUGGUCGUUGGUAGUACCUCUAAUAGAAAUAGUACUUCUGAUGUUGGUCCAGGUCCAGCACACCAACGAGAACGACACCUGCAGGAAAGCGACGAAGGGUUGCUUGAAGAUGCAAUAUUAGAGCAGGACAUCAAGGACGACUUGGAUCUUCAUAAUCGACGGCUAAAAGGAGCUCGCAGACGAGUCGUGUCACCUGUUGACCUGAUGCAGAAUGGAGGAGUCUACGUGACCAACGAGGAGGCGAUGCGCAACAUGCACCCUUACCUGCGACACAUCUUGGAUUAUGGUUCUCAAUCUUUUAGUUUUACAAGUAGAGCAUAAGAUCACUUACCACUUGGGUUCACAACUUGAAAUAUAUAUGUUUUACUUUUUUACAACCUGCCACUUAAGCCUAACCUUUGUGUAUGAAAUGUAGGUACUAUAGGCUCAAGCACCAAAUCUUGGCUUCUUCCCUUCUUAUAGGGUCGAGGUUUAGGUCCAGCGGCGCUCAAAGCACUAAAUAAAACAGCCGGUUAGUUUUAACCUCUAAACCUUAGGUUUAUCCCAUGAAACGAUAUACAGAAGAUGAUGUGAGUGAAGAUAAGUGCCCUUCUUGUUGAUCACCUCCUUGAAGUCACUUCUAAGACCGACUCAUGUUUUCGGGAAAGGGAGAGGGAGACGAGUUGCGACCAUCACACGCAUUACUUACCUGUCUGGAAGAUCCGAAGCUGGAGAAGAUCAAGCUCCUCUUCCAGAACCUAGGUUACAGCAAGAACACACGACUAAAACUAGGAGCUGGAGUGGUUAGUCGACGGGCAGUAAAAGAUGAUGACAAUCACAAAGCAUCGUCCCCAGCAGAAGAUCCACAUGAAGAUGAUACGAGGGACAAACACAAAGCGAAAAGCUCGCCAACAGUAGAUCCACAUGAUGUAGAUGAUCAGAAUACGGUCACGGAGAUUGUAGUAGAUCAUACGAGAGAGAAGGACGGAGAAAGUCGAGACGAUCAUGUUGAGAAGAGAAAAUUAGGAGAAACUCCAGUCGCGGCAAGUGAUGUUGGCAGGGUAGUAGAAGAGGCAGAGUGGAUGGAGCAUGAGAGGGAACAGCAAGAGAUGACGCCUGGUGCUUUGAUCACACCUGCACCUGGUGCCACAGCAAAGCAAGCGUUUUUAAGACGGCGAUUUUGAUGUGGUAGCUUUCAAUUAGUUGCACUGAGUCUGAGACGAAGGUAGGGGAAUAUCAAUAUGAAUAGACCACAAGAACCGGUAGACGUCUACACUGGGAAAAACUCGAUUGAGAAUAAAGUUGAAAACAUACUUACUACAUUCUAUGACCUCCAUAGCUGCGUUGCAACAGUCAGUCUGACAAAAAACAAAGAUAUUCUUGUAACAUUGAGAAACACAUGGAAUAUACAGGCUGUGUUGCAACAGUCUGACAAAACACAAAGAUAUUCUUGUAAUAAAUUUAUUGAGAAACACAAGAAGUAUACAGGACAGCUUGACACCUGAAGUCUGCAAGCCUCUUCAUUUCAUCCUCCCUAUGAUGAUUAUAUCAAGCAUGCGUCUCGUAUGUGCUUCUGCAUAACAGAUGCGCUAAUUAUUUGAAGAAGUAACGCACCAGAUCCAGAAACUGCAUUGACAUAGAAUUUACGGGAGAGACUCUGGUAU